UAUUCCCGGGAUUCCACACAGGAAGAUCAGUGUUAUGAGGAUGAAGACCAAAUUUCUCAAGAAGAAAAUGUUGGGAAAAUACACCGGUCUCCAGCGAGCAGCCCAACUUAUGAAGAGGAGGACUUUGUUUCAGAAAUUAGAACAGAUGAGAAUGACAUCCGAGAACAUUCCAGUUGCCAUCUCCUCUUACCGCAGUAUUGUAAAGAAGAAGAUGACCUGUCAUAUGAUCCUUCAGAAGAACAUGACCUUAGCCCAGAGAUGUUUCCAGGAUUCAGCAAUUUGGAUAGAUCUCCAGAUGCUUCUAAUUCAGUGGAAUCUCCUAAUAAGUUACAUGCACUUCCUUUAAGGACUCACCAAGGGAUCUGCGGUGUGGACACCUUACCGGAUCCCUCUAAGCCUGAUGAAUAUUCUCCCCUUCAGUCAGACUCCAUUACCUUGAAUCUCCUUCCAGAACUGCAGAGUGUGGGCAGAUUUAUUGAUUGUUCUAAUCUCAUACAGUGUUCUCCCAUUAAAUCUGAGCCUACUACCUCAGAUAUCGAUUCAGUACCUUACAACACAGACAGGCAUCAGGCAGGAUUUCUGCACCACAACCAAAGCAGUAUCACACAAAGACUGGCACACAAAGGCCGCAGGACCUAUCAGUGUCCCGAAUGUGGCAAAAGCUUCAACCACAGUGGCAACCUUAUUGUACAUCGCAGAAUCCACACGGGUGAGAAGCCCUUUCAGUGUUCUCACUGUGGAAAAGCUUUCGCCCAUCGGUCAAACCUUGUCCAGCACCAGAUUGUGCACAGAGGACAGGCAUCAUUACCAUCUGUGGUGUAUAGGAAUGGCCUAAGAGGACAGGCACCAUUAUCAUCUACAAUGUACAAGAAUGGCCUAAGAGGACAACCAAUGCCACCA